AGACAUUUUGAGAUCAGAACAGAAGCGUACAUGAGCAGAGAAGACUUCAGCUUCGUCAAUAACAAGAUAAAGAAGUAAAAAGCGACGAGUAAAUGAUUCCGCAGGUGAUAUUGUAGCGAUCAACAGCUUUACAGAGAGAAUCUGCUGAACUCAGCUGUGUGUCCAUGAAGAGUGAUUGGUCAAUGCAUCGUCCAAUUCAGUUCAGUUCAUGAGACUCUAGAGCAGAUGUGAUUAACACAACAGAUGAAUCAUAGUCUUUCAAAGAGAAGCAAAUGGAUUCUGUUUUCCAGGAGCUUGAAGACAAAAUCAUCUCUAUGAUAAGGAAAGAGCUGAAGAGCUUCAAGAGACUCCUGACACCAGAUUACCCAGCAUGCUCUGAGAGAGAGGAGGAGGAGGAUGAAGAUCAUAUGAGAGUCAGAGAGGAGCUUCUGAAGAUCACACUAAACGUCCUGAUGAAGAUGAAGCAGACAGACCUCGCUGACAAACUACAGAGCAAAGUCGCACCUUUGUGUGUGAAAAAACACAAAUCCAGCCUGAAGGAGAAAUUCCAGAGAAUGAAUGAAGGAAUAUCCCGUCAAGGAGGCUCAACACUUGUGAAUGAGAUCUACACGGAGCUCUACAUCACAGAGGGAGGGAGUGAAGAGCUGAAUCAUGAACAUGAGGUGAGACAGAUUGAGACAGCAUCCAGGAGACACACAGAGACACAGGGGACACACAUCAAAUGUAAUGACAUCUUUAAAGGCUUACCUGGACAAGACAAACACAUCAGAAGUGUGCUGACUAAAGGAGUCGCUGGAAUAGGAAAAAGCGUCUCUGUGCAGAAGUUCCUUCUGGACUGGGCUGAAGGAAAAGCAAAUCAGGAUCUUCACUUCAUAUUUCCACUGGCGUUCAGAGAGAUGAAUCUGAUGAAGAACACAAAUAUCAGUCUGACGGAUCUUCUUCAUCAGUUCUUCAUACAUACAACACGACUCAAGACAUCCAGAGACUUAAACGUCUACAAAAUGGCGUUUAUCUUUGACGGUCUGGAUGAGUGUCGUCUUCCUCUGGAUUUCUCCAACAAUCCCAGUUUGUUUGAUGUGACAGAAAGAGCCUCAGUGGAUGUGCUGCUGACCAACCUCAUCAAGGGGAAUCUGCUUCCUUCUGCUCUGAUCUGGAUCACCUCUCGACCAGCAGCAGCCAAUCAGAUUCCUCCUGAGUGUGUCCACCGGCUCACAGAUGUACGAGGCUUCAAUGACCCUCAGAAGGAUGAGUAUUUCAGCAAGAGAAUCAAAGAUCCCAGUUUGGCCGCUGGAAUCAUCAGACACGUGAAAUCAUCCAGAAGUCUGUACAUCAUGUGUCACAUCCCAGUCUUCUGUUGGAUUUCAGCCACUGUUCUCCAGAGAAUGUUGAGUGAAGCAGAGAGUCCAGCAGAGAUCCCCAAGACUCUCACUCAAAUGUUCACGCACUUCCUGAUGUUUCACAUCAAACUGAAGAGUCAGAAGUAUGAUGGGAAAUGUGAGGUAGAUCUUCAGCAGGCUAGAAAGACUCUGGUGUCACUGGGAAAACUGGCUUUUCAACAGCUUGAGAAAGGGAACCUGAUCUUCUAUGAGGACGAGCUGAAAGAGUAUGACAUUGAUGUCAGAGAAGCAUCGCUGUACUCAGGAGUUUGUACUCAGAUCCUCAGAGAGGAGUUUGGACUGAACCUGGGGAAGGUCUACAGCUUUGUGCAUCUGAGCGUUCAGGAGUUUCUCGCUGCUUUAUUUGUGUUUCUCUCAUCUUCUGCACAAACAUCAUCAGGACGAUGGACUGAUUUACUGAAGAGUGAAGUGGACAAGGCCUUACAGAGUGAGAACGGACACCUGGACCUUUACCUCCGAUUCCUUCUGGGUCUCUCGCUGGAGUCCAAUCAGACCGUCUUACGAGAUCUACUGCCACAGACAGAAAGAAGCUCUGACAGCACACAGCAAAGUGUUACAGAGUACAUUAAGAUGAAGAUCAGAGAGAAUCCUUCUCCAGAAAAAUCCAUCAAUCUGUUCCACUGUCUGAAUGAACUCAACGAUCACUCUCUAGUGGAUGAGAUACUAACAUACCUGAACAGAAGAGAUGACUGGUGCCGUCUCUCUGGAGUCAGUCUGUCUUCUGCUCAGUGUUUGGCUCUUGUGUUUGUGUUACUGAACUCAGAUCAGGAGCUGGAUGAGUUUGAACUGAAGAGAUAUUAUCCAUCAGAGGAAUGUCUUCUGAAUCUGCUGCCAGUGGUCAAAGCAUCCAGAAAAGCUAAUCUGUCUGGUUGUUAUCUGACAGAGAAAAGUUGUUCAUCACUGGCGUCAGUUCUCACAUCAAACUCCACAAGUCUGACAGAACUGAACCUGACUGACAAUAAUCUGCAGGAUUCAGGAGUGAAGCUGCUCUCUGAUGGACUGAAGAACACAAACUGUAAACUGAACACAUUACAUCUGUGUGAAUGCAGGAUUGGAGAUGAAGGUUUUGUUGCUCUGGCUUCAGCUCUGAGAUCAAACCCAAACUCACACCUGACACAACUGAACCUGAGCGAUAAUAAUCCAGAAGAUUCAGGAGUGAAGCUGAUCUCUGAUCUACUGAAGGAUCCAAACUGUAAACUACAGAAACUACAUCUGAUGAACUGUAAUCUAACAGAAAAAAGUUGUUCAUCACUGGCGUCAGUUCUCACAUCAAACUCCUCAAGUCUGACAGAACUGAACCUGAGUCACAAUAAUCUGCAGGAUUCAGGAGUGAAGCUGCUCUCUGAUGGCCUGAAGAACACAAACUGUAAACUGAAGACAUUACAUCUGAUGAACUGCAGUAUUGAAGAUGAAGGUUUUGUUGCUCUGGCUUCAGCUCUGAGAUCAAACCCAAACUCACAUCUUACACAACUGGAUCUGAGCUAUAAUAAUCCAGAAGAUUCAGGAGUAAAGUUGAUCUCUGAUCUACUGAAGGAUCCAAACUGUAAACUACAGAAACUAAAUCUGUCUGGUUGUAAUCUGACAGAGAAAAGUUGUUCAUCACUGGCGUCAGUUCUCACAUCAAACUCCUCACGUCUGACAGAACUGAACCUGUGUCUCAAUAAUAUUCAGGAUUCAGGAGUGAAGCUGCUCUCUGAUGGACUGAAGAACACAAACUGUAAACUGAACACAAUACAUCUGAUGAACUGUAAUCUGACAGAGAAAAGUUGUUCAUCACUGGCGUCAGUUCUCACAUCAAACUCCUCAAGUCUGACAGAACUGAACCUGAGUGACAAUAAUCUGCAGGAUUCAGGAGUGAAGCUGCUCUCUGAUGGACUGAAGAACACAAACUGUAAACUGGACACAAUACAUCUGAUGAGCUGCAGUAUUGGAGAUGAAGGUUUUGUUGCUCUGGCUUCAGCUCUGAGAUCAAACCCAAACUCACAUCUUACACAAAUGAACCUGAGCGAUAAUACUCCGGAAGAUUCAGGAGUGAAGCUGAUCUUUGAUCUACUGAAGGAUCCAAACUGUAAACUACAGAAUCUAAAUCUGAUGAACUGUAAUCUGACAGAGAAAAGUUGUUCAGCACUGGCGUCAGUUCUCACAUCAAACUCCUCAAGUCUGACAGAACUGAUCCUGAGUCACAAUAAUCUGCAGGAUUCAGGAGUGAAGCUGCUCUCUGAUGGACUGAAGAACACAAACUGUAAACUGAAGACAUUACAUCUGAUGAACUGCAGUAUUGAAGAUGAAGGUUUUGUUGCUCUGGCUUCAGCUCUGAGAUCAAACCCAAACUCACAUCUUACACAACUGGAUCUGAGUUAUAAUAAUCCAGGAGAUUCAGGAGUGAAGCUGAUCUCUGAUCUACUGAAUGAUCCAAACUGUAAACUUCAGAAACUACAGUGAGUUCUUCAUUUAGUGUUUGAGUAAUACUUGUGUUUUUAAAUUCAUCAUCAUUAUUUGUCAUGUAAUUGUGUGACACUUCUGCUCUAGUGUCACUGAUGUAAAUAUGAGAAUAAUACAAGUCGAGCUAACAAUAUCACGUCACUUUGGAUAAAAGUGUCUGCUAAAUGAAAAAAUGUAAAUGUAUAAUGGUUAAAGUGAUGGAAGAUGAGAAAUAUAAACAUCAUUCUGACAUGAUGUCUGUUGAUAAUGACUGUGAUGAAUCUGAUGUUUCUCUUCAAUGUUUAAAGCAUUGAGUCUUGACUAUGUCAAUCAUCUACAAGAGCUACAAAUGAGAAAACAAACAAUCUUCAGUCAUAAACAACAAGAUGUGUUUACUGGAUGAACAGCAGCAGUGAGAUUAACAUAAGAUUAACACCCGUCUGUUCUGUUGUGCAUGAAGAUCUGCAUUCAGAAUCCAUCAGAACACGUCAAGAAUUAUUUAACAUUAUAUUGACAUGUUAUUGCAUUAUUCCAAAUAUUUAAGGUUUAUUAUAAUAUAUUGUAUCCAGUAUUGACCAUUAAUGCAUAUUAAGAAAUGUGAUUGAUGAGAAUUGUCUUUGUCUUCAAUGCAGAAAAGUAUCUCACAAACAAGGGUGCCAAGUGUCAAGAAGUUAAAACUUAAUUGCUAGACCCAACAAAGUAGUGAGACUAAUUUAGGGGUGCCUGAAAAAAAAGAUUUAUAUAUGAAUCGUGAUUCAGCCCUUUAGCGACACCCAUACAGUCGAGAGACCGCACAGCUUUAGCUCAGCAACAGAGAUGGCGGGGGUACAAAAAAUACACCAGGGCUCCAGACGGCCACUAUGGUCGCAUUUUGCAUUUACCAGUUUACAAGACAAUGCAAGCAUUUUAGUAGUUCAAGACCUGCAAAUUUGGAAUUUCUUCUAGUUUUUAUUUUAUGUGGAACGCCAGCCCGCCACCAGUGCAGGCUGUGUGUGAUAGUCAACUGUGCUUCGGUCACUCAUAUGUCAGUGAUGUUUCCCUCUGCGGGCGAUGCGAACAAUCCAGAUCCUGAUUGACAAGUUUACACGCACACAUACAGACACACACACAACGUGAGCGCAUUACUACGAGUAGCUGUUACUGAUUUCCUGAGCCCACGUCCAACCGAUUUGAUAUAGAUGUCUAAAACGAAACUUACAGUUGAGGAGUCCAGGAAAUGUAAUUUAUUUGAAUAACUUGAGACAUCGCUGAAUCAUUUCAAAUCCAUUCACAGCAAGAACGAAUGACAGGCUAAUGUUUUGUUAAAUUUUAUUUAACGUUACGUUUUGAACAUGAGGAAAAGUUUCCUUAAUACACAAUAAAAUCACGUUAGAACAUAACACGAAUCCUUCCAUUUUGCUUUAAUGUGUAACACGGUAAACAAUUAAAUAUCAUACUUUUGGAGCAGCACAAUUUCUGUUGGUUCAAAUGAAUUCAGAUUACAGUCUGUCUAUUUAUCACUGUAGUAGAGUAGGCGGGGCGAGACCAUGGUUCGAGUUGUCUCAUCUCGUCGCUGCAUACCUCCCACCCCACCCCCCCGAGGGAGGGGGAGGGAGCUUGCACAGUCGCGGGGGGACCCCCCGGCCUGUGAGGGGCGAUGGGGGUAUGUAGUAGAGUAGGCGGGGUGAGACCAUGGUUCGAGUCCGGUGAGUAAUUGUGAAUUAGCGCCAGCUGUGCGCACACCGGGCUCGAAUCAUGUAGGAGAUAGGGAGCAUAUGAAAGGAACGAGCGACCGGACCGUCGAAGAGAGAGGACCGGGCCCGAAGUUAUGUUAAGUUUGUAUUUAUGUUCUUGUGAUUUGUAUUUAUAUUUUGUUCGCCGGCGGUCGUCCGUGAGAGGCCGCCGGCUGUUUUUAUUUCUGUUAUUAAAUGUUUUGAAUGUC